AUGGCGACCGCCAGCUCAGAACCGGCGACAACAAACAUAAGUAACACAACUUGCCUGGAACUUGCUCUUCAUGGCGAGUAUCUAGCCAGAAAUGGUAAACUCAAAGAAUCUGUCGAAUAUUUUGAGGAGGCUAUUAAAGCCGGCCCGGAUGAUCCUCACACCAGAUCGGCAAUCUACUCUCAACUAGGUAAUGCCUACUUCUACUUGGAAGACUUUCAGAAGGCGCUUGAGUAUCACAAAAAAGAUGUUAAACUUGUUAAUGAUAUCGGUGAUCUGAGAGCUGAAGCCAAAGCCUGCGGAAAUCUAGGCAAUGUUCUCAAGAUGUUAGAUAAAUUUGAUGAAGCCGCGGUCUAUUGUCGUAGGCAUCUUGAAUUAAGUAAAAAACUCAAUGAUGAAGAAGGGGAAAGUCGAGCCCAUUAUAAUUUAGGCAAUGUUUAUUAUACUCAGGGAAGGCGUAUGAAACUCAAUGAAAACGGUGAAUUAACGGAUGAGGCCAAAUCUAUUCUUCGCAGAGCAAUUGAGUAUUACGAGACGAACUUGGAUCUUGUAUCAAAAACCAACGAUUCAACAUCGAUGGGUAGAGCCAUUGGAAAUAUUGGAAAUAUUCAUUACAUGUUGGAUAAUUUUGAAUUGGCCGUCAAAUGUCAUGAGAAACGAUUAGCUUUAGCCCUUCAAACAAAUGAUAAAUCAGCCCAAAGAAGAGCUCAUAUUAAUCUAGGCAAUGCCAAUAUUUUCAUAAAAAACUUUCCCGUGGCAGUAGAACAUUAUUCGGCCACCUUGAAACUAGCCCAAGAACUCAAAGACAAGAGUACUGAAGCUCUCGCCUGUGAACAUUUAGCGAACACCUACUCAAUUCUCAGUGACUUUCAAUCAGCAAUCACUUAUCAUUUAAAAUUUCUUGAAUUGAUAAAAGAAUUCGAUGAUAAACUUGGAGAGGGUCGCGCUUGUUGGAGUUUAGUGAACAACUAUCAAAUGGUUAAUGACCCUGAGUCAGCAUUAAGCUUUGCAAAACGACAUUUAGACAUAGCAAAGAUGCUAGGCGAUGAAGCUGGUAGGGAAAGUGCGGAAUCGAAUAUUGAAGAAUUAACAGAAAUAUUGGCUCAGAAACAGGCCGCUCAAAUGUCUUCUCAACACAAUUUUGAACAACCAAAUAAGUUUAGGCUCACCCCAGACAAAAGGCAAGAUCAAGAACAAAGAAGAUUCAAAAAACAACUCAAUAGUCAUGCAAUCGCGGAUAUUGAUGGUUUAGCAGCGAGAAGAAAAGGUAGAGGCACUGUCAAGAGCUCGUCAAGUGAACGAUUAUUUGAUAUGAUCGCCCAUUUUCAGAGUGGCCGAAUAGAUGAUCAACGUUGUGAGAUAUUACCAAGUCUAAAUACUAACGCCAAAUCUAGAAUAGCCUACAACGAUAAAGAGAAUUCAGGUGAUAUGGAACCAUCGAAUAGAAUCGCCGAAAGCGGUGGUCGUGGUAGUAGUAGUAGAGGAAGCCAACCAUCUAUGACGAACCCGUUAAGCGCGGUCUCGGCCGCGGCCUCUGCCAUCAAAAAGACCUAUCGUAAAGCAUCAUUAAGUGCAUACCCGACUAUUGCACCGAGCAUUCAUUUUCAGCGCCGUCCAACAGUUUCAGCCGAACAUCGAGAGGAGCUCUUUGAUCUGAUUGCUGGAGCUCAAGGUCAAAGGAUGGAUGAACAAAGAGCCUCACUGCCGGCUUUAACAUUGGCCAACGGCGUCUUGAAAAAUCCAAGAAAUGCUAAUUUACUCAGCAGAGGCCAUACGAUUGAUCAUUCUACAUCAGCAAAGAUCCCGAUGGGACUUCAUGUGGAAACAGUCCCAGAGAGUAUACCGGAAAUUGUCUCAAAAAAAGAAAAAUCUCAUUCAAUCACUCCUCAAGUGAUCUCAAACAAUACAUUCAGAGCCUCUACCACGAAGCCUAAGCUGUCCAGACACUUUCAGACAGUUGAUUCGAGUGAACAAUCUCAUAAUGGAGAUCUCUUUGAUAAUUUGAUGAAAUAUCAAUCUACAAGAUUGAAUGAUCAAAGAUCAGAGAUUCCCAAAACGGGUCUUCGAUCUAGUCAGCCGGACAACAAUAAAAACCAAGAAGAAACCUUUCUGAAUCUUAUUAGUAAAUGUCAAUCAAGUCGAAUUGAUGAUCAACGAUCGGCACCUCCAGCGAAGAAUAAAAAUGUUUAG